AUGUCGAACAGAGUCGUGACCGUUGGCGGUGGUGCCCUCCUCGCAGGUGUUGGCUACUACUUCUACCAGGCUGGCGCUGACCCAAAGGUCGCCCAGAAGAAGGCUGAAGCCGACGCCGCCAAGCUCUCGCACGAAGUCAAGGGCCACCUUCCAGGCAGUGGCAAGCAAGCAAAGAAGGACGCCGAGGUCGCCGGCUCCGAGAUCAGCAGCAAGCUGAACCAGCUCACUCGCGACGCCAAGAACGAGGCAUCUAAAGUUGACGACAAGCUCGAGCAAUACCGCAAGCACGCCGCUGCAUCGCUUGAGAAGACUGGCAAGGAGGUGACGAAGGAGACAAACCAGGCUAUUGACAAGUUUGACCAGAAGGUCACCGAUGGCGCAGCACAAGCAAAGAGCGGCAUCUCCAGCUGGUUCGGCGGCAGCAAGUAG